AUGACGUUAACCGAGAAAGCUAUCAUAUGUGAGAUGGCUGAAGCACUGAAAUCAAAAACGGACCUGCACCUUGGCCUGUACCAUUGCCCGGAAGGAUGGUUUCACCCUCUCUAUCUACAGGACAAGGCCAACAACUUCACCACCUCCAAGUUCGUUGAGGCACAGAUUACCCCCGAGCUGUAUGAGCUUGUGAACAACUACAAGCCCGACAUUGUUUGGUCUGAUGGAGAGUGGGAGGCCCCAGACACCUACUACGGAUCCAAGGAGUUUCUGGCCUGGCUCUAUAAUGACAGCCCAGUGAAGGAUACGGUUGUCACCAAUGACAGAUGGGGAGACGGAGACCAUUGUCAACAUGGGGGAUACUGGACAUGCCAUGACAGGUACAAUCCAGAAGUACUUCAGCCAAGAAAGUGGGAGAAUUCGAUGACAAUUGAUAGGAAAUCCUGGGAAUUCCGCCGAAAAGCUGUCCUGGAUGAUUAUCGGACCAUGAAAGAGAUUAUAGCCAUCCUUGUUGAAACUGUCAGUGUUUUCUUUUACCGCUGUGGAGGGAACCUGCUGAUCAAUGUGGGGCCAACCAAAUAUGGCAUGAUAAGUCCAAUCUUUGAAGAGAGACUGCGUCAGAUGGGAGAGUGGCUGAAGGUGAAUGGGGAGGCCGUAUACGCCUCCAGUCCUUUGCUGGCCCAAAAUGACACAGUCACGCCAGGAGUUUGGUAGGUACUUUAUACAUUCAACGCCUUUGUUGGAUGAGAACGACUCUGUCUCACAUGAGUUUGGAUGUACAUUAUAUAUUCCACACCUUGGCUGGCCCAGAAAUACAGUCACAGCAGACGU